AUGUCAGCCUACUAUGGUGCAAGCGUGCCUACGCCUGCCAUCGAGCAUCUUGAACAGAACAAGGGCACAAACGCGCACAUUUCAACUCAGCUCAGCAAAGCCCAGCCCCGCUUGCCAGGUUGUGAGUGGGCGCUCUCUUCAGCACCUCGUCAUGCGCAGCAGUCACGAAUUUGGCUUCUGUUGUGCUUCUGUUGGACACGGGUGAAGGCGGAUUAUCUGUGUCUUUGCAAGAAUCCGAGCGGAUGGUGCCAUCGCGCGUCUAGGCCACACUUUAAAUCACAUCACACCACAGAAACGAGAAGCAGCUGA